AUGGAGACACAGAGUCCCAGCGGCGUCAGUUUCCGCAAGUUGGAUUCUGCGAAAUCAGAAAUCCGCCUCCUCGAACUCCAGGCGGCAGAAAACAUUGAGGAGCCACCAGUCUGUCGCAUCGUCAAUGUCGCACUCACGGAUAAGACGGAAUAUGUCGCCAUCUCAUGCCUGUCCGCGGAGACCGAACAGGAACCCGUCUUCAUCAAUAACAAGAGAAUAUUGGUCCCGGCGGCAUUGGGCCAGGUGUUGAGGCAUGUGCGGGCCGUGUUCCUCGACCCCACCGUACGGCUGGACCGCUCGCGCUCACCCGGCCAGGGCAAGGAGAAGAAGGGACCGCCCAGCUGGCUCGUCCAGGCAUUAAAACACGUCAAGUCCAUCUUUCCGGAAUCACCCAGAGGCAGAUUCGAUGAAGCUGGCGAAGGGCCCUUGCUGGUGUGGCUUGAGCCCUUUUGCGUCGACAGGCGCAACGCGCAAGAGACGGCCCAGCAGUUGACGCACAUGGCCAUGGUGUACCGGUCCGCGCAGAUCGUCGUCGGCUGGCUCGGACUCAAGACGGAGCUAACGGAUGUGGCACUGGACGUCUUACAGCAGGUGGAGGCCGUCUUCCCGCCUCAUUUCGGCGAGCCCGAGGACAAGCUUCUCCACCCAGAAAACUACUCGCCGCAACAUGAAUGGUUGCGCAAACUCGAACAUCUCUGGGAAUUUGGAACCGACGGAGUGUAUUAUUCUGCGCUCCAGGACUUUUCUGCCCGGCCACUAUUUCACCGCACCUGGCUUAUUGAUGAGAUCGCCACGGCACGGUACCCGGCAUUUCUUAUAGGUGACAGGAUAGUAUCGUGGAAACAAGUCAUUGUACUCAACCGCAUGCUGGAAGAAAUCAGCAACGAGUCGGCCGUCUUCCCAGCCGGCCUGCGCCCAGUCGCCCAGUCAUGGCCACUCGGCACCAUUUACACCAUGUUAAAACACUACGAGGAGAGGAAACGGAAAGAAAACCAAGAGGACCAGAGAAAUAGUGCUCUAAAGCAGUACGAGAGGAGGAAGCGCAAUGAACAGGCGGCUCAAGUAGCAGGAGCCGGCGCCCUGGCCUACAGCGAGAUGAAAGAAAAAGCUAGAAAGGGAUCAGUAGCCGCGUCCAGUUCCGACGCAGGGUCAUGA